AUGUUUCCUGUCUUCUACUGUCCUAAAGAAAAUGUUAAAGAUCAUAAACUAACCCUACCUUUCUUUCCAGACAAAAACCCAGACAUAAUACCCCUAGACGGAAAAAUAAGCGACAGCUGUUCAAACAAGUCAUCCACAACCGACUAUAGUGCUAUACGACCUCUGAUCUCCAAAACACCAUCCGAAAAAUACGAUAUACCACCAAACUGCGACCGAUAUUACGACCACAACAUCGACACUUGCAACCAGUACAUCCAAGUGCGACCAGUGGAGUACCGACGGCCAACGUUCGCGCCAUCGUUGGGCCCGAUGCCCAACCUUGGACCCAGCAUACAAAGCCUUGGACCAAUCAGUAGUCUGCAUAUGAAUGUUGGUGCCAAUGACUGUCAUAGAUACGAUAAGGUUUAUGAGGAUUGGUUGAAAUAUAAGAAUGCUUUGCCGUUGAAUACGAGUGGAUUGCUCCCAGCUGAACAAUUAAUGCCACCAGAACUCUACGCCACACCACCACCAACAAUUUACAGUAACCCGAACCGAAACCCACUUAACCUAGCCCAGAUGCCUGAGCUGGAGCCUAGGUACCACUUGGAGCCUAGGUCCCUCGCUAUGGACCCUAGGAGCUGUUCCAACUCGCCACCAGUGCGAUUCAAUGCGGACAACAGCGUGUACUACAGCAAAGGCGUGCUGGACAGAACGAAUAAUACGCUGCCACAUUUAAAAUCUAGGAUGAAUG